UCUUCCACCCACCUCCUCACCCACAACCUCGUUGAGCUCCUCAGCUUCUCCAUUCUUGGCUCUUUUGAGGAUAAUCAGCCAUGUCUCGUCAGUCUGUCUGCAGGAGCUUCGGAGGGGGGAGCAGAAGGGGCUUCAGUUCCUGCUCUGCAAUCGGUGGGGGCUUUGGAGGUGGCAACCGGAGCAGGAGCAGCUACAGCUCGUACUCAGUGUCCAGGGGAUUCGGAGGUGGAGGACGGUGCGGAGGCUUUGGCAGCCGGAGCCUCCACAACAUGGGGGGCAGCGCCAGGAUCUCCAUGGGCGGGUGCUACGGUGGUGGGUACGGCGGCAGGAUGGGCGGCUUUGGCGGGAGCUACGGGGGUCUCGGUAGUUUUGGGGGUGGAAUGGGUGGUGGAGGAGGAGGAAUGUGUGGCUUUGGAGGAAUGGGUGGAGGAGGAAUGGGUGGUGGAGGAGGAAUGGGUGGCUUCGGUGGAGGAAUGGGUGGCUUUGGUGGUGGGAUGGGUGGUGGAGGAAUGGGUGGCUUUGGUGGCCCAGGCUUUGGCAUGGGUGGCCCUGGGAGAGGUGGCCCUGGGAUCCAGCCAGUGCAGAUCGACACGACCCUCCUGCGUCCGGUCCAUGUCGAGAUUGACCCCCAGAUCCAGCAAGUUAAAAACCAGGAGAAGGAGCAGAUCAAGACCCUGAACAACCAGUUUGCCUCCUUCAUUGACAAGGUCCGAUUCCUGGAGCAGCAGAACAAGGUGCUCUCCACCAAGUGGGAGCUGCUCCAGCAGCAAGGGCCAUCCGGGCCCAGGAAGAACCUGGAUGUGAUCUUUGAGAAUUACAUCCAGAACCUGCGGAGGCAGCUGGAAUCAAUCCUGGCACAGAGGGGCCAGCUGGAGUCAGAGCUGCAGAACAUGCAGCAGUACGUCGAGGAUUACAAAACCAAGUAUGAGGAAGAGAUCAACCGGCGCACGACAGCUGAGAAUGAGUUCGUGGUGCUGAAGAAGGAUGUGGACAAUGCCUACAUGACCAAAGUUGAGCUGGAAGCCAAAGUGGGAGCUCUGACUGAUGAAAUCAACUUCCUGAGGUGCAUCUAUGAAGAGGAGCUGUCUCAGAUGCAGACGAUCAGUCGGGAUCUGUCCGUGGUGGUGUCCAUGGACAACAACCGGCACCUGGACCUGGACAGCAUCAUCGAGGAGGUCCGGCGCCAGUACGAGCAGAUUGCCCAGAGCAGCCGGGCUGAGGCCGAGGCCUGGUACCAGAGCCAGUACGAGCAGCUCCAGAGCACAGCUGGCCGGCAUGGAGACAACCUCCGCAACACCAAGAUUGAGAUCCAGGAGCUGACCAGGAACAUUCAGAGGCUGCGGGCAGAGAUUGAGAACGUGAAGAAGCAGAACCAGCAGCUGCAGGCAGCCAUUGCUGAAGCUGAAGAGAGGGGAGAGAUGGCUCUCAAAGAUGCCAGGUUGAAGUUGGAGGAGCUGGAGAGUGCCCUGCAGAAGGACAAGGAGGAGCUGGCUCGCCUGCUGAAGGAGUACCAGGAGUUGCUGAAUGUCAAGAUCGCACUGGAUGUUGAGAUUGCCAUGUACAGGAAGCUGCUGGAGGGGGAGGAGAACAGGUUGUGCAACGAUGGCAUGUCAAACGUCAAUGUCUCUGUGGUGGGCAGGACGACUGUCUCUGGAGGCAGAGGAGGCAUGGGAGGAGGAUUCGGAGGCAGCGUUGUCAUUUCCUGCCACCCUCAGAACACUGAGGAGUAUGAGACAAUUUCAGUCAUCUUCUUCCCUCUGCUUCAGCAUCAUCCAAAGUCCAGCUGGUUGUCCCAGAUUUGUGGAGUUGCAAGUGGAGGGAAUUUAGUCUACAGGUAG